AAUGACAAUUUGCACCAUUAAUGAAAUCAAUAUGAACCCUUGGAUCAGAAUUCUAUGGGAUAUAACGUGAGCCGUCGGAUCAUUAGAAGAAAAGAGAUCAAUAUUUACAAGAAUGCCAUUAAUGAAACUUUCCCUUAAGCCGUUGGAUCUUCUGUCUUUGUUUUAAUCCUGGCCUUCGGAUCUCACAUCCAAACUCUUCUCUCUCGCCUGGGUCCCACAGAUGCAUUAAUCCUUUUUCUUCUUCUUCAUUUCUCCUACAACCAUACUCAACUACCACGGAAAUUCAUUCUCCUCACCAACAAAAGCUUUCUUCUUCAACUUUUCAUCCACAAACCUUCAACUCUGUUUCUUGGGGAUUUUCGACAGGUUAGGACACCGUGAAACAGGUCAUGUACGUCGUCCUUAGUUCUGAAAUCGGUUGAUAAGUUCAUUUUCAGGAACUAUGGAUAGUAAUGGGUCUGUGGUGAUACAUUUUGAACAUGGUGAAGAGCAACAUAUUUCUACACUAGUGAUGAAAGGAAGAUAUGAGGAGAUUACUUAUUCUCAGUUGGUUGAUAGAGUAGCCAAGAAAAUGAAGAUCGAUGUAGUUGAGACGAAGCUUGAGUUGAGUUACUUUCCGCUGGUAUUUAAUAAUAAGAGGCCUUGUUAUAUCUUGGAUGAUGAAGAUGUUUUAGGAUAUUUAAUGAAGGUAGAUAAGAAAAACCGAUGUAGUGUCUUGCGUGUGGAGCUUAAGGAAAUCGUCGCAGAAAAUCAGAGCAACGAGAUGUUUUCUAUGAAUGAGGAAAAUCUGAGUGAUGCCAGAGCUAAUGAUGGCAUGGUUGGAGUUGGAGAGUUGGAAAUUGUUCCUCAUAUUUAGGAGGAUGAGUUUGAGCAUGAGAAAAUUAGUGAAGAGGGUGAUGAAAUGGAUGAUAGGGAGGAGUUGCCGGCUGUUACAGCAGUUGAACCUCCUGUUGUCAAUUCAGAGUGGGAUGAUGGCAUUGAUAUUAGUUUUCAUCAAGAAUUUGCGACUAGAGAAGAAGUGAGGGAUUUAGUGGACAAAGGUGUGCAUUCCAAUUGUUUUCAGGUUGAUAUAAAGAAUUCGAAUCCUCGGGUUUACAUAUUGAAAUGUCGUGGGGCUGGAUGCAGAUGGUAUUUACGAGCUGCAAAGCUGAAGAACUCUGAUUUUUUCUCUAUCAGAACGUAUAGAAAGAUGCAUACGUGCUCUCGUGGAGAUGCAAGUGUCAUGAAGAAGAAGAAAAGAGGCACGCCAAGCUUGGUCGCAUCAGUGGUGCACUCUGAUUAUCCCGGCAAAUACAAGACUCCGGAUCCAAAGACUCUCAUAGAUUUGGUGCAGAACAGACUGGGUGUUAAGGUUUCAUAUUCUACGGCUUUGAGAGGGAAAAAUAAAUCUUUGAGUGAUUUGCGUGGCAACCCGGAGGAGAGUUUUGCUAGGCUGCCAUCUUACUUGCACAUGCUACAAAAGAUGAAUCCUGAUACCAUUACACGAUUAGAAGUGGAUGAGAAGAACCAGUUUAAGUAUAUGUUCUUUGCGCUCGGAGCUUGCAUCGAAGGGUUCAAGGCGAUGAGGCAAGUGAUAAUAAUGGAUGGAACUCACCUGAAGGGUGUGUACAAAGGAGUGCUUCUCAUUGCCACUGCUCAGGAUCCAGAUCAUCAUCAUUAUCCCCUUGCUUUUGCGGUAGUAGAUGGUGAGAAAAAUGCAAGUUGGGAGUGGUUUUUAACUAUAUUAAAAACUUUGAUACCAGAUGAUCCUCAACUUGUAUUUUGUACUGAUAGAAACCAAAGCAUCAUCAAGAAAGUACACGAGGUAUACCCAUUGGCGAUCCAUGGAUAUUGCAAUUAUCACUUGUCUAAUAAUGUCAGCGGAGCUUGCAGCAAUGUUAACAAGAAAGGGGUUGCCAAAAAAUUUAGAGAUAUUGCUGGUAUUUACAGUGAGGUGGAGUUCAGAAAAUGCUACAACGAUUUCAGGAAAAUGUAUCCUCAAGCGGCCGAGUAUCUAGAUGACAGUGUUCAUGAGACAAAAUGGGCAAGAUGUAAAUUUCCGGGAGAAAGGUACAACAUAGACACAACCAACACUGUUGAAUCUAUCAAUGGUGUUUUGAAGGAACCAAGGAAAUAUGCGUUGUUGCCAAUGCUUGAUGUGAUCGUGGAAAAGAUAACGAAAUGGUUCAACAAAUACCGUCUAUUAUCUCUACGCGUACCAGAGAGGCAGAUACUAAUCCCACAUGUACAUGGGAUAUUGCAUCACAUAUAUCCUACGGCUAAAAAGCUGAAGGUGACCGAGCUAAAUACAUUUGAAGGUCACUACAAUGUGCUUGGCGAGGAUGGUCAUGGUUAUUUGGUUGAUUUGAGCAACAGAACAUGCUAUUGUAGGUAUUUUGAUAUUGAUCGGUAUCCUUGUGUGCAUGCACUUGCUGCCAUCAUGGCGCGUGGAGAAAUGAAUGAACAUUAUUGUUUUAGGUAUUACUGGAUGGAGCAGUGGACUUUGGCAUAUUACAGGACAAUAUAUCCAAUGCCUCAUCAUUCAACAUGGGAAAGUUCUGAAAUUCCUGAGGAAAUCCGAUCUCAGGUUGUCUUCCCUCCGUAUGUGGAGAAAAAAAAAGGAAGACUACAACUUACUAGAUUCCCGUCUGCCGGAGAAUAUCGGAGGAAGAGAAAGAAGAAGUUUCCACCAUUGAUUGGUGAAAACGAAGAAAGUGGCAGUGAUUGCAGUGGCAGUGAUUGCAGUGGCAGUGAUAGCAAUAGCGGUGGUAGUGACAGCAGUGACAGCAGUGGUAGCAAGGGAAAUGGGGACGAGGGAGGUGACAACGAAUGAAAUGAUGAAUGAGUCUUACUUGUUAACUUGUUAUGGAACUUGCUUAUGUGUUGUGGAACAUAUUUAUGUGUUGUAGAAUUUAUUUAUGCGUUGUGUUGUUUCAAUCAGGUAAAACUUCAUAAACAAAACACUCAUAUUUAUGUGUUGUCAUACUGGUACAACUAGUAAAACUAAAAUAAGUUCUACUGGUAUAACUAGUACAACUAUGUCUAGUUUACUAAAAUAGGUUCUACUAGUAUAACUAGUACAACUAUGCAUGUUCUGAAAUUUAAAUAUUCUUUUGGGCUUUUCCUAUUUAUAAAACAAUCAAAUAGUCUAAUUUUUAAGUGUUUGGAUAGGUUUCUUUGUGUUUUGUAUUGGAUUUUUUUUUUUUUGGAUUUCUAACUCCAUCACAAAAGUUUGCUUGAUCUACCUUAUACUUUUAAGGUUUGUUUACUUGUUUGUCCACAUAUUUUUUGUAAAACAUACGUGACAAGUAUUUUAACAAUACUGAUGCUUUCAUUGUAUCUGGGCAAACAAAUGUAAACAUAAAUAAAUGGUACAACUUAGAUAAUGGUAUUUUUUCUUUGGUACAACUAAUAUUUUCAGGUUUCACUGCCAAAGUACAACUCUGUACAAACUAGUAUAACUGAAUAACUAGUACAACUUUGUCCAGGACAGUAUUUUUAUAUAUAAAGUAGACUUUUUCCCUUCUUCCGACAAGUGGCAGGGGGGUUUGCUGCCACGUGUCAUCUUUUUGUCUUUUUACAUUUUAGAUCCUUCUUCUUUUAGAUUAUUGCAAUUUGGUUCACUAUUUUCUAAUUAUACAUUAUCUAAUCCUUCUCACACUAACCAUCAUCAUUUGAAUUUUGCUAAUAUAUUUUAAUCUAUUUUAUUGUUCAAAAAAUUGCAAAACGAAUAAAGAAAUAAGUAAAAAAUAUAAAUGUACUUUAAAUAUUUAAUUUAUUUGCAGCUAAAAAUAACAUAAACUUUCGUUAUUUUAUUAUUUUUUACUAUUUUCUAUUAUUUCAUUUACAACUAUCUAUUUAUCUUCAUAUUAACCAAACUAAAGCAGAACACAUAAUUUAAACAUAAAACCACCAUAAUCCCAGAGAAAAAAAAAGCCAAAGAAA